AUGGCACAAAAUACUAAGCUCUGUGCUGGUGAUAGCUCUCUGUUCGAUAAUCCUGCCUUGUAUCGUACAAUUGGUGGGGCUUUACAAUACGUCACAUUGACCCGGCCUGAUCUUGUGUUUGCCGUCAACAAGGCUUGCCAAUUUAUGCACUCCCCGAGUCAAAAUCAGUGGGCUGCAGUUAAACGAAUUCUUCGGUACCUCAAACUCACAAUGAACCAUCAGUUCGUAAUCCCCCGGUCUCCUAACUUGGCACUACAGGCUUUCACUGAUUCAGAUUGGGCCGACUCUUUGGACGACCGGAAGUCUACUAGUGGGUAUGCUAUUUUUUUCGGAAAUGCGCUGAUCUCUUGGUCUUCUAAGAAGCAACGUAAUGUUGCUCGAUCGUCCAUAGAAUCCGAUUAUAAAGCGCUUACGACACGAUGCGUACGUGUGACCGCCGAACUUUACACAGUUACAAUCACUAUUAUUUGA